ACGUGUGGGAGUGUUUGGUGGGUGGUGAUUAUCUUGACAGCUGGAGCUUGGUUUUUUUGUAAGUCAGAGGUGCUCAGACAAAAAGAUACACACCUCCUUUGUGCAGAGGCGACAGAUACACACACAGCUUGUCUCACAGCAGGACCUGCAUCAUGAGCUGUGACCAGUCCUACCCGUUCCCGCAGGUGUUCCUCGUGGAUGAUGGCGGAGGUUCGCAGCACCCAGUUCAGCCGCCGAGUCUUGUACCCUGCUGGUCCUUCCCACCCCCCCAGGAGAGGGCCAGGAGCCAUGGGAAGAGCCAAGGCUACAAGGGAGUCAGCCCCGGUGUGGCCCUGGUCGUGCUGAUGCUCUUCUUGCUGGUGUUUGCGGCCCUGGGGUUUGAAGCCUACCAGAUUAACAACAUGCAGAAAGAACUGAGAGAGAUGAGAGAGGUUAACCCUUUGCCUGAGUUUAAUGCGGCUCAGAAGCAAAUAGGUCUCAGUGAACCUGAGCUGAAGGGAGGAGACGCAGACGACAGAACUGCAGCACACGUGAUAGGGCGUAUCGAAAAAGAAAAAUUCUUCCAGACUUUGCGAUGGGAGUCGCGGGUGGGUCGGGCGUUCAUAUCGGGAGGGGUGGCUUACCUGUCUGAGGAUGGCGCGCUGCAAGUCAACGAGACCGGACUGUACCACAUUUACGCACGAGUGGAGCUGAUCUUCAAGGGUUGUUCCCCCACAUCCUCGUUUGAUCACAAGGUGUUUGUGAGGAGAGCAGGACAUCCCUUACCCAUGACCCUGAUGGAGGCCCACAGAGCAGGUUUCUGCUCCCAAAGGCUGGGACACUCCUGGACCACAGAGAGUUACCUCGGCUCCACCCUGCAGCUGCAGAAAUAUGACAGAGUGUUUGUGAAUGUAUCACAACCUAUGUAUCUUAGUCAUUCACAUUAUGGCAACUUCUUUGGUCUCUACAAGAUAUAAAGAAUUUUUUUUUGGGGGGGGGGGG